UAUGGUCUUCAGGUGAUGUAUUACCUACAUAAUCACUUGCAAGUUACUUUGAAGGAGUGUUACCAGCUGAAUCUGUCUUCUUCACUCUGCAGCCAAGUCAAAGCAGCACAUCUGGUCGUAAAGAUGUCCAACCCAGUGGUCACUCAGCAACCUGGCGCAGGGGGCUAUGGGACAAAUGUUCAAACAGGAGAAUGGAGCACGGGCUUGUGCUCCUGCUGCAGUGACUGUUUGGUCUGUGCCGUUGGUUUUUUCUGUCCACUUGCACUGAGCUGCUACACGGCAAAUAAGUAUGGAGAAAACUGCUGUUUGGGUUGCAUACCCGGAGGAAUGACAGCCAUGAGGACUCACAUGAGGCUGACUUAUGGUAUCCAGGGGACAAUACUGAACGACGCCCUCAUGACCUUUUGCUGCGGGGUUUGUGAAGUGUGCAGGAUGGCCCGAGAAGUCCGCAUCAGAAAUGGGGACGUUUCAGUGUAGCAAGAUGUUUGAUGGACAGCACGUCAUGGAAACCUCGCAAGCUGUUCAUGCUUAAACUUUCUGUCGCUGUAAAUAAAAUGCAUUAUUAA